AUGGCUGAAAUAAGAAGAAAGCUCGUGAUUGUAGGAGAUGGUGCUUGCGGUAAAACAUGUCUUCUGAUUGUCUUCUCUAGGGGAACAUUCCCCGAGCUAUACGUUCCCACCGUUUUCGAAAACUAUGUUGCAGAUGUUGAGGUUGACGGUAAAAAUGUUGAAUUAGCUCUCUGGGAUACGGCAGGCCAAGAGGAUUAUGAUCGUCUUCGUCCUCUUUCUUAUCCAGAUUCCCAUGUUAUCCUUAUUUGUUUCUCUAUCGAUUCUCCUGAUUCAUUAGACAACGUCCAAGAAAAGUGGAUUUCGGAAGUACUUCAUUUCUGUCAAGGCCUUCCUAUUUUACUUGUUGCAUGCAAGAAAGAUUUAAGAAACGAUCCAGCAAAAAUUGAGGAGUUAAGAAAGACUUCACAAAGACCAGUGACCACUGAAGAGGGCUUGGGUGUUGCACAGAAAAUUGGAGCUUAUAAGUAUCUGGAGUGUUCAGCCAAAACAGGAGAAGGAGUUCGCGAAGUAUUCGAACAUGCGACUCGUGCAGCUUUAAUGAUGAACAAGCCUUCUGGCAAAAAGAAGAAGAAAUGCCUCAUCUUAUAA